AGAGUACUCGGGAUUACUCGGGAGGUACUCGGCCUAGGCGGAGAUUACUCGGGGAGUAAUUGUCCUAGGCAAACAAUACUCAGGCCUCGGUAACCUACCUUGUAGCGAGUAAUAAGGGAGUACUCAGAGCCUAGGCAGGACUUUUCCAACCAUGCUCAAUAUACUCCCUCAUUUAAUUGCAAAUGACCACCAAAGUUUCACAUAGUACAAAGAUUAUAAAAGCUAAUCCUUGUUCUGUCUUCCGACUGUCAAGUCUCCUUUUGUUUUCCUUUUGUUCAGGUUUUUGAAGAUCCACCAAAUGUCCUACUGAACAAACCAUGAUUCCCAAUGUCUGGUGAGCUAUACACCCCUGCUCCAACCAUUAUUCAACUUAUGAAAUAAUGAUUCAGUAGCUAUGCCUCUAAUUCAUCGUGCACUCAUCGCAUUGUCUUGUAUUCAAUCACAAUCACAACCCCUAUUUCUUCUGCCCCGAAACAUCUUCGUCCCUACAACACUUGUUAGGUUUCACCGGAUACAUUCAAAUUGUGAUCAUUCUGAUACCACACAUCUAAUUCCAUUUAAGCCAACCAACGAAUUCUCUGCGAAAAUCAAUCAUGCUACCCUAAUUAAGAAUGGUUCUAUUCAUAACUCACAUGUGAACAACUAUCUACUGAGUUUGUACGUAAAGUCCAGUAAUUUAAUAUAUGCCCACCAACUGUUCGAUGAAAUGCCUGUGAGAGAUGUACGAUCUUGGACUAUUAUUAUUUCUGGGUUUUCUCGAAUUGGGUGGUAUGAUCUAGCGUUAGAUUUAUUUACCCAGAUGAUCAAUCACGGCAUUACUCCAAAUCAGUUCACAUUUUCGAGUGUUUUAAAGUGUUGCGCAGGUGCAAAUAAGCUUGAUGUCGGAAAGAUGAUUCUCGGUUGGAUAUUGAGAAAUGGGGUGCGUUUAGAUAUGACAUUGGAGAAUUCUGUACUUUAUCUUUUUGUGAAAUGUGAGGCCUUCGAUUACGCUACAAAGGUUUUCGAGUCGAUGAGUGUUAAAGAUAUUGUGUCAUGGAACAUAAUGAUCAGUGCGUACUUGAAGAAUGGCGAUUUGGAGAAAGCUGUGGGGAUAUUUUGGCGAAUGCCGUUUAGAAAUGCUGCGAGUUGGAACACCGUUAUUGAUGGGCAUUUGCAAAACGGGCAUGAACGAAUCGCGAUGCAGCUUCUAUACCAGAUGGUGAAAACAGGUGCAGCUUUUACAAACGUUACCUUCUCUAUAGCAUUGUUAUUGGCAUCUUCUUUGAAACAUGUUGAAUUAGGAAAGCAGAUUCAUGGUCGAUUGCUGAGAGUUGGAACAUCUGAUGGGUUUAUCAAGAAUUCACUUAUUGACAUGUACUGUAAAUGCGGUGAAACGGAGAAAGCAGUGAUGGUUUUUAAGACUUUAAAUCAAUCUGUACGCGACUCUGUGUCUGUCAGCUCUAUUGUUAGUUCGUACAUUAAAAACGAUAGGAUUGAAGAUGCUCUGAAAGUUUUUACAUUUAUGGUUAGUGAGCAUGGUGAAGUUGACAAAUUUACCCUCACGAGUGUACUUUCUGCCUGCGCUGAUGCUGGACUUUUGUAUCUCGGUCAACUGAUACACACCUAUAUAUUGAAAAGUGGGCAUGAGCCUGAUGCGUUUGUAAGUUCAUCGAUGAUUGACAUGUAUGGCAAAUGUGGUCGGUUACAAUCUGCUUCGAAAAUCUUCAAAGAAUCCGAUAAUCGAAACGUUGUGCUGUGGACUGCAAUAAUAUCUUGUUACGCGUCACACGGUGAAGGGACGGAAACGAUUCGUCUUUUUGAGAUGAUGGUGAACGAGGGGAUCAAAUCAAAUGAAGUAACUUUUGUAGCGGUUUUGACUGCGUGCAGUCACGCAGGCUUGAUUGAUGAAGGAUGUAGUUACUUUACCUUAAUGAAAGACGUUUAUGGUAUCGAACCUGAAGUUGAACAUUACACUUGUAUGGUGGAUCUUUUAGGUCGAGCGGGUCGGUUGAACGAGAUAAAGGGUUUCAUUUAUGAGAAUAAUAUUUCACAUAUGAGUGCUGUUUGGAAAGCAUUUCUAUCUUCUUGUCAUCAACAUAAUAAUGUUGAAAUGGCAAAAUGGGUUUGUAGAAAGUUAUAUGAACUAGAACCAUCUGCGGCUGGACCUUAUGUUUUGAUGUCAAAAACCUUUGCAUCUGAUUGUAGAUGGGAAGAGGCUGCUAAGUUGAAGGGUUUGAUGAAAGAAAAGGGGAUUAAAAAGCAACCUGGUCAAUCUUGGAUCCAAUAAAUCAAUUGGAAGCUUGAAAAAAAAUUGUUCCUUGAAACUAUCAUUUUGAUUCAAGCUGAGAUGCCUUGCUCUUGGCUUGGCCGAAAAGGUUGCUUGAGGAAAAUAGCUCCUGGAUCGAAUCUAGCUUGAAAUCGGAUCGUAAGUAAAUGAGCAACGACAAGCUAGCUCGUUUAAAUUUCUAGCCGAGUUCGAGCCAAUGCAAGCUUACUUGUUUGGCUCGCUCAAGUUAAGUAGGCCAUUAAAGAAACCCAAGUUUUGUAGGGAAACCAACCCACCCAUGUUUUUUCUUUUUUGUUACAUCUAUUCGUAACGAUAAAGAAAUACAAAUUUUUAUAAAGGCUCUUAGUUUUUUAUGGGUUAAAUUAAGGUAUAAGCGUGUGAAUUUAGAUUGAGGAAAUUUGGAGGGGUUUUAAAUUGUACAAAGUGAUAGUUUUGGUCUAAUUGUAAUAUGUUUCUUUUUCUUGUGA